AUGUCUAGCUUGUUUGCAAUCGUGAAAGAGACGGACCAAGAUUGUAACUGUGAAAACUGGGCUGAUUACAUCAGCCAAGAAAAUUUUGUCGAAGAACCAAUAAUUCUUACUCCAACAUCCAGUGGGUUUGUUAUUGGAGAAGAAGUCAAUGAAAGAGAACAUUUCAACUUCUCCAACUCAAAUGUCAAUGACAUCAGCCAUCAGCCAAUAUCCAUUCAGUUGAAAGAUAUUGGUGUGCAAACUGACAAACACUUUAAAACGUGUGUACGAGUUCGAAGCAAGGCAGUUCAAACUAAUAAAUUGGACUUCGCCAAGCAUGGCUUACUAGCCAAUGUAGCAUGCUCACCUUUUGGUUCACCUUGGAAGGAUAUGGAGGCAGAACCACUGACGAAGUGGUAACUGCCCAGAGUAAAUUUCUUGAAAAGCUACAGCCGGGAGUUCAUGUUAUGGCAGACCGAGGUUUCAAAAGAAUAGAACCUUUCAUAUCCAGCAAAAAGUGUGUUUUAGUUCGUCCAUCAUCGGUGUCAUCAGGUGUACAUUCAAGCAAGAGAGAUGUUAUUGAUAGUAGAAGGAUUUCAG